GAAGGUAGACUUGUUUUGAAUGGUCCAUGUAUUCAUUGAAGUCAAUUAAAUAAAUAUAAAAAGGGUCAGAGAAAUAUCGAUCUCCGUAUUGGAAAGGGGGUUUAUGAGAGGGUAAGGGAAGGGAAGAGCAGGGGGAAGAGACAUGGAUCGUUUUGGAAUGGGAUCGAAGUGUUUCCUGUUGUUUCUGCUGGUGCUUCCUUUUGUAUGCGUUGCCUCUGACUUGGUUGUUGUUAAGGUCGAUCGCAAGAUUGAUGUGACAUCACACAUUGUACGGGUGGUGACGUCCUUAAAGGUUGAAAAUACUGGAUCAAGUGCAGCAUCAAAUGUUCUUAUCACAUUUCCUACAGGCCAGGUAGGUAAUCUGGCAUAUGUGAGAGCAGCCGCCAUUGAAGGAAGGGGGAAAAAUAAGGUUUCUCUUCAGCUUCCAGUAAAUCCUGCUCAAUCAGAGGGUCUUCCUGAUGGAGUAGCUUUAUUUUCAAUUGCAUUGUCGAAGACACUAAAUAAUGGUGAUACUGUAACUAUAGAGUUGCUGUCAGUGUUCACCCACUCGUUAAUGCCUUUACCUGAAGAGAUCUCCCAGGCACAAUCUCAGCUUGUUGUUUAUCGUGACAGUGCUUACUUUUUCUCUCCUUACCUUGUGAAAGUGCAAACUACAACUAUCAAGACUCCAAGUUCUAGAAUAGAGUCAUAUACCAAAAUUGAUCCCACAAAAGUUGUAGAUGCAGAACUUAAGUAUGGACCAUAUGAGAAUCUUCCUGCAUUUUCUUUUUUGCCCUUUAUUGUUCAUUUUGAAAAUAAUCAGCCAUUUCCAGUAGUGAAGGAGCUUGUGCGAGAAAUUGAAAUUUCUCAUUGGGGAAAUGUUCAGAUAACUGAACAUUGCCAUCUUGUUCAUGGUGGUGCUCGUUUGAAAGGUGGAUUUUCAAGGAUUGAAUACCAAGCAAGACCCAAUAUUAGAGGUGCAUCAUCUUUUAGGACUCUUUUGGCAAAACUACCACCUGGAGCACAUUCUGUUUAUUACCGAGAUGAGAUUGGGAACAUCUCUACAUCACAUUUGAGAAGUGAUGCUAGAAAGACAGAGUUGGAAAUUGAACCUCGAUAUCCCAUGUUUGGAGGCUGGCAAGCCACUUUUACCAUAGGUUAUGGCUUGCCCCUAAAGGACUUUCUUUUCCAAGCAUCUGAUGGCAAGCGUUAUCUUAAUCUUACUUUUGCAUCUCCAUUCAAUGACGUAAUCAUUGAUAAGUUAAUCGUGAAGGUUGCACUACCAGAAGGAUCUAAAGAUCCUUAUGUUACCAUUCCUUUCUCUGUAGACCAGCAUCAGGAGAUAAAAUAUUCCUAUCUUGAUACUAUUGGGAGGACGGUAGUGGUUUUAUCCAAGACAAAUGUUGUACCCGAGCACAACAUGUUCUUUCAGGUUUAUUAUAAUUUUAGUUCUUUCUCAAUGCUGGCGGAGCCAUUGAUGCUGGUCAUUGGUUUCUUCGUCUUCUUUCUGGCUUGUAUUUCAUAUUCGCAUUUUGAUUUUUCAAUCUCCAAGUCAUCUGUUUCAUACCUUGCCAAGCUGCAGAGAGAAGAGGUGCAAGAUGCAGUUCGGCAUCUACAAAAUAUAAUGAAUCAGCGCUUAGCUGUUAGUGAAAAGCUUGAGACAUCUUUAUCUGAUCUUGCGAGGACUGGAGAUGUUCAAGCUUGCAAGGCUUCUCGGAAGGCAGCUGAUGCUUCUCUAAAAGAUACAGCGAAGGAGUUGAAAUCUGUGCUUGAAUUCUUGCAAUCUUCUUCCCAAGCAUCUCAUAUUUUGCCCAGGGUAGAUGAGUUGGUUCAUAAGGAGAAGGAAAAGCAGGAUAAGUUGCUUUUGAAGCAUUCUAUAGUAGUUGAUAGUGUUGAUAAGAAAUUGCCAAGGAAGGAGAUUGACAGUCGCAUAGCUACUCAUGAGCAGAAGCUCACACUUUUAAAGCAAGAAGUAGAUGAGUUGUUGCAGGCAAUGGAUGAGAUAUAACUAAUUUCUCAAAAAUUGUUUUGCUAGGUUGCAGAGGAAGGUUUUUAACUAGUACAAGUAACCUGAAUUUUUUUACCAUUAGCUGGUUGGUGAGAUUGUCCGGUCUAGUUUUUGAUGUUAUGAAAGAAACUAGAAUAUGCGGGGAGAGGCUUGACUACGAAAGUGACACCUAAUCUCUUCAAUGUCAAAAAAUUUAUAAACAAAACAGGUCACAUUUUUUCUAUUCUGCUAUAUAUGCAAAAGGAACAUUAAUUGAGACAGAUGGAGGAAACAUUCCCUGAAAAUGAAAAAUUGCUAAAUUGACAGCUUUAACUGAA